GUCCUUUUUUCCGUUAUAUUCACAGAGUGAACCACUUGAGCGUCUCUGUACUGAAGUCAAUACCAGGAGAGGACUCAACGGCGUAAUAAAAUGACUAAUGAGAAGUCGACGUUAACUUACGUGAUAACCGGAGGAUGCGGUUUUCUCGGGCAGCACCUGUUGAGAGUUUUGCUGGAGAAGGAAAAAAAUAUCAAGGAGAUAAGGCUUUUCGAUAAAACCGUUUAUCCUCUACAAAGUCACAGUACAGAGCAUGUGAAGGUGGUGGUGGUACCUGGAGAUAUAACAGACUAUGGGAGCGUGCGUGACGCCUUUCAGGGAGCAGACCUGGUUUUCCACGCAGCUAGUUUGGUUGAUGUCUGGUAUAAGGUUCCUGAGAAGGCCAUCUAUGCUGUCAAUGUACAAGGGACGGAGAAUGUAAUAAACGCUUGUGUGGAAAUUGGUAUUCAGUAUUUGGUGUAUACAAGCUCCAUGGAGGUGGUUGGUCCAAAUGUAAAAGGAGAUACAUUCGUCAGAGGGAAUGAGGAUACUCCAUAUAAUAUAUUCCAUGAGAUGCCCUACCCUAAGACCAAAGCUACAGCUGAGAAAAUGGUGCUGGGAGCCAAUGGUACAAAGGUCAAGGGAGGGAACUCUCUCUACACAUGCUCACUACGGCCAACAGGCAUCUACGGGGAACAGCAUCAGCUCAUGAAGGACUUCUAUCUGAAUGGGGUGCGGACUGGUGGUUGGGUGAUCAGAGGAGUUCCACAGAACACUGAGCACGGAAGGGUCUAUGCAGGGAACGUGGCAUGGAUGCACUUGCUAGCAGCACGUGCUCUGCGGGAACAUCCUGAUAGGCUGGGUGGGGAAUAUUAUUUCUGCUACGACGACUCCCCAUAUAAGAGCUACGAGGACUUCAACAUGCAGUUCUUGUCGACGUUCAACUUUCGCUCGUUGCACGUGCCCGUGUGGGUGCUGUGGUUCAUAGCGUGGAUGAACGACUCGAUACGCUGGCUCCUGAAGCCGUUCUGCAACUACACCCCACUGCUUAAUGGAUACACACUCGCUGUGGCCUGCACAUCCUUCACUGUCCGCACAGACAAGGCUUUCCGUCACUUUCAGUACCGACCGCUCUACAGCUGGGAGGAGUGUCUGGCCCGCACACAGAGCUGGGUCAACACGUUCCCUUUAGAAACCCACACUAAGGACUCCUAACAGCUGCUUCAUUGUCAGGAGGACAGUUUUCAUAAACACAUCUGUGUCCAAAAAUGAAAGAUGAGGUUUUGUGACUCUGUGUGUAAAGCAUGUGUGUCAAGCAUUUGACUUUUCACCUGAUGAUGAACAUUUGGACGUUGUUUUGCAGUAUUCAGUAUGUGUUUUCAUAUAAAUACACAUGAACCAAGCACCUCUUAAUCAUAUAAGCCCUUUUGAUUUGUUCACAGUGAUCUAUUAGAUUAAUAAAAAUAUUGAAUUAUUAAUGUCAUAGUAA